GAGUCCGAGGGACUAUUGCUGUAGAAUUUAUUAAUAGCAUUCAAGGUUAAACAUGACUCCUAGAGAAUUACAAAAAUACGAAGUUCUCUUUUCUCCUUUCGUUCUCUUCUUUUUGAUUUUGACUUGGUUGGCAGGGUCAGGGCCUUUCUCGCUGGGCGAGCGCAUCCGAUUGAUUCUAAAGUCCUUUCCUAAACCACUUCCCGUUCAGUUGCUGAAAGAUAGAGAGAACCUUUCUAAAUGAGAUUGAGUUCCACGAAUAUGCAAGCUAGAAAGAUGCUAUUUGCUGCUAUUCCAUCUAUUUGUGCAUUUAGUUCAAAGAAGAUCUCAAUCUAUAAUGAAGAAAUGAUAGUAGCUCGUUGUUUUAUAGGCUUCAUCAUAUUCAGUCGGAAGAGUUUAGGUAAGACUUUCAAAGUGACUCUCGACGGGAGAAUCCAGGCUAUUCAGGAAGAAUCGCAGCAAUUCCCCCAUCCUAACGAAGUAGUUCCUCCGGAAUCUAAUGAACAACAACGAUUACUUAGGAUCAGUUUGCGAAUUUGUGGGACCGUAGUAGAAUCAUUACCAAUGGCACGCUGUGCGCCUAAGUGCGAAAAGACAGUGCAAGCUUUGUUAUGCCGAAACCUAAAUGUUAAGUCAGCAACACUUCCAAAUGCCACUUCCUCCCGUCGCAUCCGUCUUCAGGACGAUCUAGGCACAAAGUUUAACUUAUUAGUUAGGAGGAAAUUUUGCCCCCAGUGUAUCUCGAAAGCAGAAAAAAUAGAACUCAUUCGAGAGAGCUUGGUGGUCUUAAGAAUAAAUAAGACGAAUAGAAUCUAAUUCAUGUUCAUGCUAACAGAAGAGCGGAUCCAAUACAAUGUCAAUAAUAUAUUAUAUGCAACUUCUUUCUCAAAAAGUGCUUGCUGCACUUCUUUCUCAUGAAGCUGCUUUGCAAGAAAGGUUUGAGUUCCCUCCGGGGGUUCUGAUAGCCAAUGCUUCCUACGCUCCACCCUUAGCCCUUAACUCCUUAGCACAAGCACUAAGUAAGCCCAAGGCCUUCAAUAUCGCACCUACUAGGACUUCAUUUUCGUUUUCGAAUAGGACUACUUCUUUCUUUUCUGUAUGCUAGGGCCGCCCGCACGCUUUAAGGGUUGUUGAAGGUAUUGCACUAAGAAAGACUCCUGCCGUUGCUAUGCUAAAGGUAAGAUUUUCUUUGAAAGCCGCUCAAGCAAUUUCUUUAAAAAAAGAAGAGCAAGCAAGACAAGAUAAGGCUCGAAAGCUGCGAAGAAAGUAGAGCAGCUCUAAUCGAGCUGUGAAAUCGGUGUGGUGAGGUAUUGGAAGUGUUCAGCGAAUAUAGAUAAAGACACUAAAAAGAGCACCGUGCUAUACUGCUCCAUAAGGUAAGGAGGGCUUCCGCAAAACUAGGUAGCUUUCGCUAAUGAGAGAUGGAUGUAACCUUUCAGCCAGCGGGCCUUGAUGUCCGAGAGGGAAGGGCAGCCAACCGAGCUCAGAAAGCGAAGCCAUCGCCUCCAGUUAUUCCAGUGGUUAGGAAUCUGAACCGGCUCGGCUCCCUUUUAUUGGUCGAGUAGCUUUCCGUGAAAUAGCCUUUAUCUCAUCGCCAAUGGCCGGGUGAGGAAGAAUGAAUUGAAUCUUUUGCCCUUCGAGAACUCAAAACGAAACGAAAACAACUGCUUAAUGCUUUUAAUAGCUUAUAGGGGCCCAACUCCGCUAAUCCGGACAUUCGCUAAGAUUCCCUAACCAAAAGAGGGCACUCAAGACCUGGAUACUCUAAAACAAGACCACCACUUCCCUUCCCGCAGAAGAGGAAGAACAAGAGUCUGGUUGCGCUUCGGGACGACUUCCCCUACCACUACUGUUAAAUAGCGCCCUCUUCUCUUAGUAUAGUAAGCUGGCGGGCUUCUCCCAAGAGAAUGCCUUCACUCCACUCCCCCUUAAGACGCCUAUGGAGAACUAAGGUACCAUUAGGAGUAUCCUUUCCGAAGGCAGGGGGAGCUCGAAAACAACAAACGCCACUAUUAGUACUUCCUCAGAGCGAUUGAACUAGCCUUUUGACUAAAUAGAUAUGGGCAUAGAGAGGGAAUCCUGAACUACAGGAAAAAGGGAGAGCUACUUGCCAGCAGAAGUAAAGAAGAAGAGGCACCCCCUUCCGGAGAGUGAUACUUAAAGAUGACUCCGUCAGAGUUAGCAAAAUAGGAAGUUCUCUUUGACUGCUUCCCGGACUUCGGGGACCUUUUGGCCCUCCGCUGGAGCUGCCUUUCGUAGCUCUAGAUUCUCCUCUACUCUAGAAGCUCGUCCGUUCUUUUGUCCAAGCCGGAGGGCGCAGAUGGUGCGUGCGGGUCGUCCUGAGAAGACUUCCCCAUCAUCCAAUUCAUUGAGGAAUCCCGGCGAAGAUAAGAAAAGAUGGGGCGGGGUAGGAGUUCUCUUUCCCCCAGACUACUUUACUCACUGGAAAUCAUUCCACGUACAGGAACUGGGUUAACAAAAGGGGCUCGAACUACAGGGAUCUGAUACCUUCUUCCCUUGGUCUGGGAGGUAGGUUAUGUAGGCGUACAGCAGUGCGUGCCGCUGGUGUAUUCGAUCACGAAUGGGCCAAAGAAUCGAUUAUAUAAAACCACGACUUUCUUUUCCUGCUCGGUCGGAGAUAGCUGCUACUUACCUACGACUACUCGGCGGUCUCAGAGACCAAACUGAUCCACCUACCUUAUCUAUUUUUUGAUACCUAGCUCACGAGAACAGAGGCCGAGUCUCUAGAAGCUAAUCCGGGGAUAGCCCUUUGGCUUUGGGCACCUUUUCCCAACUUACAACAGUACAAGGAAGGCGGAUCCUAGGUAUAGCCUAACAAACCCGACACCUACUUUAUAUAUUACCAGAAAAGAAAGAGUGCUUGGUCCCAGAUAGCUGAACUGCCCGGCUAGGCACGAUCGCAGACAGACACAAAUGGGGCGCUUGAGGAAGCCGCUUGCCUUAGUGAGCUCGAAAAACAGGAAGGGGAGGAACGAAGUUGCUAGAGUGUAACGAUUCGUUUCAAAUGAGUGUAACAUAGUGAAACUCAUUUCGUCUAACUACGUUCAACUCAUUCAGAGGUACGAAGUGACUCGACUGAAAGGAAAACUUUCAUAUCAAGGGGCUUAGCUCUAUCGAACGGUUAUCACAGCUUAUUCUCAAUUUCAAUUCGUAGCCUCAAGCAUCGAUACUGAAGAAAGAAUAGAUAGAACGAAAGAAGCGAGGGUGCUUGCAGUUUCAUAAAACGUAGCGUAGCGUUUGUUGAUUGGGGAGAUAUGUCAGAGGAUCCAUCGUAAGGGUACCUUUCAGGACGUCUUACGAACCUUUCUCUAUCUUCAAUCGCUUCAAUAAUCGAGUGCGUGCCGUGCUGGUAUACUGACUCUUCUCUCGAAAGACCCGGCCUUCCUUAGGUCAAUCAAUCAGGUUAAUCCUUCCCAACUUUGUUUUGAAUCCCUUAUGCCAGUUCAGCCCAGGAGUUGGCCUUGGUUUGAAAGAUCAUCUGUCCAAAUCCAUCCAGGAUCUUGGGUGAGGACAUUCCAUCCUCACGCACUUGUGGCUGAGCAUAUAGCAGAGACAAAAUGAUAUAGCUAUAUCGCAACGCUGUAAGUGUGUAAUUAGGCACUUAUACAGGUUGAUAUAGUAUAUAUAUAUACAUAUAUUAACGUCAAAAUUCUGAUAUUUUCUCUCUAGGGUAAUACUCAAGAGUUGAUGUUGGUAUGUAUACUGUAUAGAAAACAUAAAAAACCUAAUCAUAGGCAUUCCUUACCUCUGUGUGUGAUAUGAUGCCGAUCAUAAUCCCUCUUUGCAAGAAAGGGGCUAGGCAGGUUCAGAAUGAGAAUCUUCUACACCUGUAGUUUAGCAAUCAAUAGAAGGCUUAGCUUGAAGCAUGGCUUGCCGUUUCAAUAAGGAUAGAUCUAAUUGAUAAAGCCGCUCGACCUAUUUAUUGAAACUAUGUGUCAAGGGUUUGAAUCGAAUGACUGAUCCUUGUUGGGACUCCUACUUUCUUUUGAAAGGAGUGGAGCGAAAGUCUUUUCAGCAAGUGGAGGAAACAGGAGAAAGAUGAACCAAUGCCUUGUUGAGGGAAGGAAGCGUACUUUGUGUGCAGUCAGGCUUGAGAUCACACUAGGAAGAUAGUAGAAUCAGCAGUCUCAGUAGUU